AUGGUUUACAAAUGUCAAAUGAAAAGGACAGCUCUUAGCUUUCUCCAGACUAUUGGUAAGGAUCAAGAUAUUAGAUCCCAUACAUCCUCAACUAUACCAGGAUCAGGAAAACUUCCUCCUAAUACCGGAAUCUCUCCAGUUUUAAGUUCCUUAGUUAAUAGUUUGGAUAUAGCCAAUGCCGAGAAAAUGGAGUCACUGAAGCUCUUAGAACAAGCACAAGAGGAGCUCAAAUCAAUUCAGAAUGACGAAAAGUCAAAAGAAGAACUACUUCAGCCUAUUUUGGAACAACUUCAAAAUUUACGCCAAAUUAAAGAAACCAUCAACGAACAAACCUCGAGAUUACAGGAAGAGUACAUGAGGAACUCUUCUAAGUUCGAAGAACUCCAAGAAUCGGUCCAAAACUACGUCCAACAGUCGAAAGACCAGAAAUCCAAAAUUUCAGAGCUCCAAAACCAAAACAAACAGAUCGAAGUCGAACAGGUAUCAUUACGCGAGAAGCUCUCUGAGUUACAAGCCACAAGAGACGCUCUAAAGUCAAGAAUCGAAAAUUUGACAGAAGGAAAAGAAAAACUGACAACUCAAAAUAACGAACUUACUUUACAACUUCAGAAAUUGAAUGAAGAGUUAGAAUUGAAGCAAAAUGAGUUGAAGAGCCAUAAAGAAGAGAUACAACAACAAGAGAAGAAGCUACAAGAGAUCAGAACAGUCAACAACAACUUGCAAACAGAGAUAACAAACAAAAAACAAGAAAUUGUUGAUAAAAAAGAAGAGGAAGAAAAACAGAAAAAACUCAUUUUAGGAUUACAACAAGAACUCAUUGACAUAGAGAACAAAGUCAAGCAAACAAUGCAAGAACAAGAAGAAGCAAAACAAAAACAAAACAAAGAAAAUGAACAACUUCUAAAUGUUCAAAAAGAACUUGAAAAUCUCAGACAAAAAGUUGAAAAAGAACUCGAGAAAGAAUCAAAACUCAAAGAAGAAGUAAUUGUUGCUCAAACAAAUCUCGAGAAUGAGAAGAAGAAAGAAGAAAUGUUAAGACAAAAAUUGCAAGAAAUAAAGAAAUCAAAUAAUGAUUUGGAAUUGAAGAAUAAAGAUCUCGAAAACCAAAUCAUGAUGAAAGAGAAUGCUGUUAAAGAUGCUGAAGCACAGCUGCAAUUAACAAAGCAAAAGAUAAUUGAAGAAAAAAAUAAUUAUCAAAUUCAGAAAAACCAAGUUGAAAACGAAACUUCCAAGUCCCUGGAACUGAUCCAAGCAAAGAAGGCUGCAACAAAACUCCUCCAAGAAAGAAGAGACCAGUUAAAGAAGGAAUUGGAACAAGAAAACCUCAAAAUUAAUGAAAACACAGCAAAACUCAACACUCUUCAAAUGAAUUUGAGUAAUUCGACACAAAGAAUUUCUUCUAAUUCUGUAAGAGUUCCGGCAACUCCGGCAUCAGGAACAAGAAACUCCCCAAAGAAGGACAGAUGCUUGGAGCUGUUCGAAGAAAACGCUUUUGGAGCUCAUUAA